CAUUAUACCCAUUCGUUGUCACACUACGAAUUCUCUGCUAAGUAAACGCAAUGAUUCAUAUAAAGCCUUAAACUCUUUUAAUAAAUCCUUUUUAGAUUGUAAACGCAGAUAUCAAACUAAUAGUUCAAACCUCAGAAAAGUGAAACAUUCAAAUAAUGGUAUAAUCAAACGAGAGAAAGUUAAGGAAUGGGGCGAAUUAUCAACCGGACAAAAAGGUAUAAAAAUAUUUUAUAUUUAUCAUUAUUAUUAUGUAGAACUUGCUAUUAAUGUGAAAAAAAAAACAGCUGCAAGAGCUGCUAAGGCAACGACAAAUAUUAGUGUAAUCGUGAUAGGAAUUAGUGUUUUUGGUGUAUUGUUAUAUUACGUUAUGUCGGAACUUUUUGGGCCAAAAAGCUCUACUAAAGUUUUUAAUGAAUCAUUGGAAAAAAUUAGAACCAAUCCGGAAUGCCAGAAGGUUUUAGGUACACCAAUAAAAGGUCAUGGGAUGCCGAUUCCAAAUUCAAGACUACGUCAUCCUAGAGCCCGUCUUCGAGAUGUGAUAAACACGGAUGGCACACCACAUCAAAUAAUGCAAUUUUAUGUUGAAGGUCCUUUAACUCAUGGAAAUGCAUUAUUGGAUAUGAUUAAGGACGAUCAAGGAAAUUGGGUUAUAAAAUAUUUAGUUGUCGUUGUACCUGGAUAUGGUAAACGCAUUUAUAUUGAAUACCAUGGUGAUGUGAAAGAUAAAGAAAAUUGA